GCUAAAAAUGGAAAAGCUCGCGGGAAUCACAGGGGAUCAGUGCGAAUUUACGGAAAACGGGGGAAAACGUUCGAUGUUCGGUGGUGGCACGGUACUCAGGACGAAAUUCAGUGUUAUAUUUCGAUUGGGAAGAGGCACGAGUGAGACGGCGCGAGGUAAAAUAGUGGGGGCUGAGAGAGAGAAGGUUAAACGUUGGAGGGAGACGAAGAGAGACCGCAACAUGACGAACGCCCGGCAAGCAGCGAGGUGCGGGCAGUCUGCGCACGGACAUCGAUCGAAGCUCACGUACCAUCCACUCCCCGAAAAUUCCCGGUGUUUUCCUUUCGAUUCGUUGACAUAUCGCGAACGAAAUUUAAACGCGACACGUUUUACGAAACGUCGCGUCGCGAACGUCUUGUGAAUCGUGCCUCGGUGUGGUGACACUUGUGCCUUGCGAAAAUAAAGACUGAUAAAUCAUCAUCGGACUACGAUUCCACCCUGCCAAUUCGUCCUGGUCUUUCGUUUGUUCGAUCUGCGACCAUCCUGGACUAUGCUUCGCGAUUAACCUCUUCACGGUCGUCACCGACAGAAUGUAAUCGACCCGCACCUUCCAACGAUGCUAUAAAUCGUGAACAGUGAAGUCUAGUUCAAAAUUAAAAUCAAAUCGAGAUAGUAUGUUCAAACGGUUAUCAAAAUCGAGGCGCCACAGCGCCGACGACGUCGCCCUUGCGUUGUCCAGCCCGACGACCCUGGACGAGCCACCUGGGACGUCGACGUCGCGGGACAACUGUCCAGGUGUCAAUUCCGCCGCCCUGCUGAGGGUUUCGAGGACGAAGUACAGCAGAAGGAGCUGCGGAGAUGCGAGCGCUGUGCAGGCUUUGCUCGCCACGAAGCAGGAGCAGGAGCAGGACGUGGCCGAAGCUGAUUAUCAAAUGGUCACGGCCGUGCCUGCAUUCAUCGUCGAACAUGAGCCCGAGAAACAACGAGGCUCGAGUUUCGGUGUCUGGGGUCGCAGGAUGAGCAAGAAGAUAGACUCGUUCCGGCGGGCUGGUUCCCGCGAAACGAUCUGCUCCAUAUCCGAGAAGCCCGACAGCGUGAACAACAACAACAACUGUACCGCAAGCAACAACAACAUUUCGAAAGCAGACAAAUCACUGCCAGAUCUCAAGUUAGACGCUAAAGCAGAAAAGAGAAUACCGGGAACGUUUCACCGAUCACCGUCACCCUUCAAGUCCUUCUUCAUCCGCAUGGGUUCCACGGGGAUGCUGAAUUCCGCGAAGAGCAACCGGCGUUCGCAAAACAUCGACGACAGACUGAAAACGAUCGAGAAGGAGAAUCUGUUCCGAAGUUGCAGCACCAGCCAGUUGAACACCAGUCCGACCUACGUGAAGGGAGACGACCCUUCGGAAGGGAUCGACCUACAGAUCGCCAGUCGCAAGGACAAAACCGUGUCCUGCGACAAUUUGGCUGGUCGUCAAACGGACGACAUGUUUGACGAGCAUAUCAACGAUCCUACAGCGUCCCUGUACCCUUUGGGAAACCCUUCGAUGAGCAGUUUCAGUCCCUGUGACUUCGACCAGUCGCGAAACGAGUCGUCCAUGAGGAAGAGCAGCAGCUGCGACUUCAAGGAGGCCAAGAAAUCCAGCUUCCCGUACGCAUUCCUCAGGUCCAAACUGUCCGUCCUGCCCGAAGAGCGUCACAGCACGUUCGCGUCGAAAGACGAGCGACUGUUCAAGACCGCGUCCGAGGAGCAUUUUCCGACCCUGAAGGUGGAGGACACGUACACCGGCACGACGACGCUGGGACGUCGACGUGCCAGGAACGGUAACAUGACCAGAGCUGGGUCCAGCAAGUGUCAGGAGCCUUCGGGGUCCAAGUCCGGAAGGAACUCGUACGCCGAAUUUCGCAGGAGCUCCAGCAGGUGCGAGGACAGGUAUAGUCUGAACUCUAGCCACCUGGAGAGGAUCGACGACAGCUUCCAGCAGGAAGACACCGGCUGCUACGGGUCCUACGAUAGUAGUCCCAUGUCUCUCCGGGGUAACAGCACCCAACAUGACAACACCAGUCAGGAUAGAGUGGACUUUACCGGACGAAUGAACGAUUCCAGAUUCUCGGAGACCUCCUCGUUGAACGUGGAUAUUGACAUGGUGGCCACCUUGAGGAACCACAGGCGGAACUCGGCGCCCAGCGGAGAGCAGAGGCUCUCGUCUCACUACGUAAGCUCGAACGAGUCGGGUUACGACAGCGAUGGACCCAGAGGAGAGUCCGCGGCCGCCUCCGAGAACGAGGGUCUGAGUCUGAAGUGCACGGACAGCUCGGACACCAGCAGCGUAGUUGAUUCCGAACUGGAGAAACCUAUCAGAAGCUCCACACCGAGCGAGGACCAGGAGAACGACACUAGGACGAGGAAGAACUCUGAAACGGACGCUGUCAGAGCCGGCAACCCAGAACUGAACGAUGGACUCGACGGACUCAGAUGGCAUCAGAGCAACUCUGGUAGGAUGCUGCCUAGCAUUCAUCAGACUUACGACGAUGUGGCGAUGAAUUCCCAGUUCCCCGUUUGCGGGAACAGUCUGAGUUCUCACAAGUCCCUAGACAUCUCGCCGCAUCGCAUGAGACUGCAGCAGGACAAGAGCAGGUUCCUCAGCGACAUCAUCCAGCCGCCAAAGAGGGUGAGGAGGUGUCGACUGGUGCAGCUCCACAAAAGGGACCCCAAGGAGAGUCUGGGUAUCCGGUUGGCCCAACAACGUUUGGGAGAACUGAGAUACAUCGUCGUUCAGUUGGAGAGCGACGGAAUAGCUCACAGGGACGGUAGACUGCGACUGGGCGACGAGAUCGUGGAGGUCGAAGGCAAGGAACUGAAGACUCUGGAGAGCCUCGAGGAGGUCCAGAUGACCAGAGCUGGGUCCAGCAAGUGUCAGGAGCCUUCGGGGUCCAAGUCCGGAAGGAACUCGUACGCCGAAUUUCGCAGGAGCUCCAGCAGGUGCGAGGACAGGUAUAGUCUGAACUCUAGCCACCUGGAGAGGAUCGACGACAGCUUCCAGCAGGAAGACACCGGCUGCUACGGGUCCUACGAUAGUAGUCCCAUGUCUCUCCGGGGUAACAGCACCCAACAUGACAACACCAGUCAGGAUAGAGUGGACUUUACCGGACGAAUGAACGAUUCCAGAUUCUCGGAGACCUCCUCGUUGAACGUGGAUAUUGACAUGGUGGCCACCUUGAGGAACCACAGGCGGAACUCGGCGCCCAGCGGAGAGCAGAGGCUCUCGUCUCACUACGUAAGCUCGAACGAGUCGGGUUACGACAGCGAUGGACCCAGAGGAGAGUCCGCGGCCGCCUCCGAGAACGAGGGUCUGAGUCUGAAGUGCACGGACAGCUCGGACACCAGCAGCGUAGUUGAUUCCGAACUGGAGAAACCUAUCAGAAGCUCCACACCGAGCGAGGACCAGGAGAACGACACUAGGACGAGGAAGAACUCUGAAACGGACGCUGUCAGAGCCGGCAACCCAGAACUGAACGAUGGACUCGACGGACUCAGAUGGCAUCAGAGCAACUCUGGUAGGAUGCUGCCUAGCAUUCAUCAGACUUACGACGAUGUGGCGAUGAAUUCCCAGUUCCCCGUUUGCGGGAACAGUCUGAGUUCUCACAAGUCCCUAGACAUCUCGCCGCAUCGCAUGAGACUGCAGCAGGACAAGAGCAGGUUCCUCAGCGACAUCAUCCAGCCGCCAAAGAGGGUGAGGAGGUGUCGACUGGUGCAGCUCCACAAAAGGGACCCCAAGGAGAGUCUGGGUAUCCGGUUGGCCCAACAACGUUUGGGAGAACUGAGAUACAUCGUCGUUCAGUUGGAGAGCGACGGAAUAGCUCACAGGGACGGUAGACUGCGACUGGGCGACGAGAUCGUGGAGGUCGAAGGCAAGGAACUGAAGACUCUGGAGAGCCUCGAGGAGGUCCAGGACUUCCUCAGGUCCUUCACGGGUAACAAGAUACGUUUGAUGACCGCGUACGAGGAGACGGUGCCGCAGGUGUACGUCAGCCCACCGACGUUGCCCGGCGAGUACGAGUACCUGGAAAACGCGAAGAACCUUUCCAACCUGUCGUUGAUCGACAGCGAAUCGAAGCAGCUGGAACAAUCCGGCAACAAAGUGAACGAUGGAGUUCAAUCGAAGAGGCCGGACUUUCUGCCACUUUCUUGCUUGUCCAAGGAAAGAAAAGGCGCUGAGAGCAAUCUGGAAUCGACGACGGAACCGCAACAUUAUCUGACGAGGCACAUCGCUAAAUUCGAGAAGGGAUACGGGAAACCUAGCCUCGGGUUCAGCGUCGUGGGCGGCAGAGACAGCCCUCGCGGAGAAAUGGGCAUCUUCGUCAGGAGGGUCUUUCCUGGCGGACAGGCGGACGUCUCGAAGUCGCUGUUUCAAGGUGACGAAAUUGUAAGCUUGAACGGAAAAGUGUUGCGUGGUUACACGCAUCAGGAAGUGAUCGAACUGUUUAAGGCUGUAAGGGAAGGUCCUGUUGAGCUGGAAAUUACUAGGAGACAUAGGUAUCCAAAAAAUCAACAAAAAUCCGCGCCAUGCUGAACGGUAGGCGUCGUGGACGAAUCUGCCCACCGGAAGUGCUCUUUCGAAUCAAUUCUAAGCGACCUAAUCGCUGCCAACGAAGUUUUAGGAUUCUAGUCUAUCUGAACGAAUCUACGAUCUUUGAUGAUGUUUGUUUCGAUUAAUUUAUUUAACGCGGUGUCGCGGUUGCAUAGUGAAUAAGUUUAUUAUCAAAUGUUUAUUAUUGACACUAUAAUUAUGAUUAUUAUAUUAUAUUA